AUGUCCGCCCAGUUGGAGUUGCCUUUCCGACCUGAUCCCCAGCUGACUGAGGUGAUGCGCCUGCGGGUACAGUCCCUGCAGCAGCGGGGCCAGAGGCAACAGGAAGGGGAACGCCUGCUGCGCUCAAACGAAGCUGUCUACCGCUUGGACUUUUCACAGCAGGAUCUACAUUUCUCACAGUGGGGCGUGAUGCUGGCACAAGUGGGGCGCCUCACCAUCACGGCCACCUCGCAGCUCUGGACACCUGACCUGACCCAUCUGAUGACACGCCAACUGCUGGAACCCACCGGAGUCUUCUGGAGGGGCCACAGCGAUACCCACAAUACACCCGUCCGCUGUUAUGAGGCAGACACCCAGGAGUUCGGUGAGAGGAUUGCCGAGCUGGCCAAGGUGAGGAGGGUGAUGUACUUCUUGUUUGCCUUCGAGGAGGGUUGCAGCCCUGAGAGUGUUGACUGCUCCAUCAACUUCAUAGUGGAUAGCUGA